AUCCUUUCUUCCGCCUUCUUGCCCGGCUUCUUCCUUAUGCGGAAAGCAGUCCAACCAAGUUAACCUCUGACUGGCACCCGCCAGACCGCCUCCACCCUCAUCGCGGCGUCUCAGGCCGAGCCUGCAGUCUCGCUGCGCCCUGACUGGUGGCAUCCCCUCGGGAGCAGCGGAGCCUGUCAGGCCGGAUGCAGCGAGUCUCCUGGCGAGCGGCGACCUCGGAGGGUUAAGUGUCGGCGCGUCUCCAAUGGGUGGGGGACUCGCCAGUCCCCGACUUCCGCGCGUCCUGGCCUGUCGGACAGUCAGCACAAGGGGCUGUGGUUGCUGGGACGGGAUUGGCGGCUCAGCACAUAGUGGACAACCCCGCCUCCCGACGCCUGGGGGAAGUCACACACCCACUGGGUUCGCUCAGUGGAAGGGAAGAAGAAAAGCCACGGGACUGACCGCGCGCCGCCCGCUUUCCAGAAUGAAACAAGUGCUGAGAAAUAAAUAAAGCACUCCUCUUGUGACUUGGAUAUUUAUCAUGGGUGUUGGGAAAUCUAAAAUAGAUCCAUGCCCUCUUUCCCCCUCUUGGGGUAAAAACCACAGUGUGAAUGCAAGUCAAAGACAUCAUAAGUCAGAUUCCAAGAAAUCUGAAGAAAUUUCCCUGCAUGAUCAAGCCAAGCAUAACAAUACAACGGAGGAGCCAGCAGGAAAGCAGGAGGGACAUGAAGGAAUGGAAGAGAUGCCUGAGGAGGAAGCAGAAGACGAGGUGUUUCUCAAAUUUGUGAUAUUGCAUGCAGAAGAUGACAUAAAUGAAGCCCUCAGGGUUCAGGAUCUGCUACAAAAUGACUUUGGUGUCAAACCUGGGAUAAUCUUUGCUGAGAUGCCCUGUGGUAGACAGCAUUUACAAAAUCUAGAUGAUGCUGUAAAUGGGUCUGCGUGGACAAUCUUAUUAUUGACUGAAAACUUUUUAAGAGAUACCUGGUGUAAGUUCCAGUUCUAUACGUCCCUAAUGAACUCUGUUAACAGGCAGCACAAGUACAACUCGGUUAUACCCUUGCGGCCGCGGAACAAUCCCCUUCCCCGAGAGAGGACUCCCUUUGCGCUACGAACCAUCAAUGCCCUGGAGGAAGGAAGUCGUGGCUUUCCUACCCAAGUAGAAAGAAUUUUUCAGGAGUCUGUGUAUAAGACACAACAAACUAUAUGGAGAGAGACAAGAAAUAUGGUGCAAAGGCAAUUUAUUGGCUAAGAUGACGCAUCCGACACAUGGCUGGCUCUUAUUUUGUAAAAUACAUUUCUUUUCUUAACUUGAGAUAGCAAUUUCUAGGAAAUGUUUAAAUAACGGCCUUAUUCUUACAGAAACUUACAGAACAAAGGAAAGAUACAUUUCUGCAAGAAAACCAGUAAAAUUGAGGUACUCUUUGAUGUUUCAGUAAACUCAAGAUUGUCGGAGUUUCGAGGACUUUCCUCUCACAGUUUUCAUAGUUUAUGGAUAUGGCAAAGGAUAUAAUCAAUUGAUAUGUCUUGUAUUGAACCUUGAACAAAAACAUUUUUAAGUUGUGAUAAUGCUUUCCAUCUCUGAAUUUUGUUCUUCUCAAAGCAAAUGCAGGAGAAAAUGGUGCCAAGAGAUCUGACCACCCUUCCUCUUGAAGAGCCUUUCAUCAAUGUUGCAAUAAAGUAUUCCCGGUAUAGGCACUCAGAAAUAUGGAUUGCCAGAAAUGAAAUUUAGAACACUGAAUAUUGAUGAAUUUGAAAUCAGAAGUAGAGUUUAGGAUGUUGGGCAUUUAAAAAGAACCCAGUCAAAAGUGUUUUCUUUUCUGCUGGAAUUUACACAUUUAGAGGCAAUUCCCACCAUUGAUUAGCAGCCUGUUUUAUAGCCUAUAAAUUAGGGAUUCCAAGGAGUGGUGUUGAAAUGUCCCCUGGAGGCUGAUGCUCUCUAUGUUAGUCAUCUUUGUAGCCAGGGCUUUAUUUGCAGAGCUUGUGAAAGGUGUGUGAUUGUGUAUGAUUAGCCAGAUGCUCUCCUUUAAAAUCAAUAACUUCUCUUAUUAUGGCAACCUUUAAGAAGUCUCUCUCACACACAAUGGUCUACCAAGGAAAUAUUUCCCAUCUAGGUUCUUAGAAUAGCCUGACUCUGUGUGUGUGUGUGUGUGUGUGUGUGUGUGUGUGUGUGUGUGUGUGUGUUGUGGAUUAUUUUUUAAAGACUUGAGAUAGAAGUAGGCAAUGUGUUUUAUCACCUCCUCUUCUAGUGCCCCAGACUCAUAACAAGUCAGAAGGGUCCCUUUCCCUGCUGGUCCUUUUGCCCCAUCUGAUAUUGAGAACACCAUCAAGUACAGUUUGGGGAUGGGAUGGAGUGUGAGUCACAUUAUGUUGUAAUGGGAAAAGCACCUGAUAGGGGUCAGGAGACCUGAUUCCAGUCCAAUCUUUGCCACUGAGGAUGAAUGUGACUGUGGACAAGCCACUUAUUCUCCUUUAUCUGUGAAAUGAAAGGGUUGGAUUGAUGGCUCUCUGAGGGCCUUUGUCUUCUCCCAGAAUGUGAAAAACUAGGAACCAGAAAAGGGAACAAGCAAAAUGGAAAGAAUUGUAUAAUGUGAUAUAUAAUAUGAUAAUGGCAAGAGGCUUUAUAUGUUUACAAUGAAAUGUUAGUUUUAUGUAUUUAACAGCAUAGUUGAUUUUUAAUCCUGUCCAUUACAAUCUUAUUGUUUCAGAAAAGAAUUAUAAUACAUGCUUACUUAGGUUUUUUAAGAAUACAUUUUUAGAAGGAACUUUGAGCAAAGAUAUUCUCCCUACCAUUUCUUUCCCCUCAUCCCUACUUCUUAUCCUACAAGUAUUGGGGUCUGCACACAUCUUUCUGCUGUCCACCUCUUAAUAGCCAUGUGCCAAAAUGUUCCAUGAGGAACACUUUCCACAAAUCCUGUAAAUAAGUUAAAACCUUGUACUCUAUUAGUUCUUCUUAAUGAAGGAGAUUGUUUUUAUUGCAUGUUACAUUUUCUUGACCUCAAGUUAUUUUCUGUCAUUGUAGCUUGCUAUGACUUUUCUUUUUCAGUUUUAAAUAAUAAAUAUUCUUUUUUUUUUUUGCCAUAAUGUUCCUGUAUCUUAAAUCUUGUGUACUAAUAAAACAUUAAAUUACUCACCUUUCAUGUCUGCCAAACUGGAAGCAAUUG